AUGGGCGCCGGGCUCUUCUUGCUCGCCUUUGGGACCUCUCUCUCUCCAUUCACCACAGCGUCCCACGGACCCUGCUGGACUCGUCCAGUCAUGGCCACCUGGACGAGUGUGUCUGCCCUCUUCGACCGAGUCUGGGCUCGAGCCGCCCGGCCCGUGCCUAGUCUUUCCAGGUCUAGAGCGCCAGCCCGGGCGUGGUUGGUGACAUGGACGGAUGGACCAGUCGUCAUCCAUGUCGCCCUGGUAAUGGCCAGGCUGCGCGUACUGCCCGUCCCCGUAGUCCCCGUCCUCACGGUCCCUCCCCGGGGUCGCCAUAUCCCGGGUGUCGGAGGCGGGAUGCAUCUAGCAACUCAUCUUAGCCGAUUGCCCACGUCGCACACGGUCAACAGGGCCAAGGGUACCUACCUCUGUCUCUGGAUUGUGGAUAACACACUGGACGGCAGUGCCCGUGCCGGCGGUAAUAGUCGAUGUAUUCGGGCCAACCGAUAUCCAAGUUCAUCGGGGGGUAGUAGUAGUAAUCUUCGUCCACGCACUCCAGGCGACACUUUGGUCGUCGCGCGGGGCGCGGCGGUGGUGGUGAUGGGGAAUUGGCGGCGGUGGUGGUGGCAGCGGUGGAGGGUAGAGAUAAUCCCCUCCCUGAUAUAUGCCACUGUUGCCCGAGCAGAUACAGUUGAGAGCUCCGUAUUGCUGGGGCACCGGAACGCAUUGCAUGGGGUACUGGCUCAGGCAUGGGGGGGGGAUGGCGGGGGCAAGCCAACUCCGACGCCAGGAUAG